CGCGCAGCCUGCGGGGUGGCUCGUGCGCUCGCCGAGCCCGGCCCGGGGCUACGCUUCUACCUUGAGGCCCUGCCGGAGCUGCUGCACGGCGGCCAGGCUCUGGGCCCAACACUAUGUAAAUGGAGAAGAAGCUUUUAUGCCUCACACCUGCCUGUCAGGUGUGCCCCGUUCCGCGCUCCAUAGCUUACACAUGGGGAAACUGAGGUAUGGUGAGUGCUCACUGAGGGAUGACUCUGUGCCAGGCCCUGCACUGAGUAUUAAGGCUGGCGACUCCCAGGGCCUGAGGAUGAAGUCAAGCCCGCCACAUUGGCCCCUGUCCUGCCUUCUUGUGCUGCUCCCUUGGCCUCUGACCACUCCAGUAUCAACAACCUCUUGGCAGUGCCCACCUGGGAAGGAACCCCACCUGGACCCAGGGCAGGGCACAUUAUGCAGAUCCUGUCCCCCUGGCACUUUCUCUGCUUUGUGGGGCCCUGGCCCAUGCCAGCCCCACUCGCGCUGCAGUCCUCGAGGGAGGCUGGAGGCCCAGGCAGGCACAGCGACUCAAGACACUCUAUGUGGAGACUGCCAGCCUGGGUGGGUUGCCACUUUGGGGGUCCCCCAUGUCCCCUGUCAGCCAUGCUCCUGGAUGCCUCUGGGUACUCGUGGCUGCUCUGAGAAGGGACGGCGGGCCCGACGUGGCGUGGAGGUAGCAGCAGGGGCCACCAGCGGUGGGGACACGCGGCAGCCUGGGAACAGCACCCGGGCAGGUGGCCCUGAGGAGACGGCUGCCCAGUAUGCGGUUAUUGCCAUCGUGCCUGUCUUCUGCCUCAUGGGGCUGCUGGGCAUCCUGGUGUGUAACCUGCUCAAGCGGAAGGGCUACCACUGCACCGCCCACAAGGAGGUUGGGCCCAGCCCUGGAGGUGGAGGCAGUGGGAUCAACCCCGCCUACAGGGCUGAAGAUGCCAACGAGGACACCAUCGGGGUCCUGGUACGCCUGAUCACAGAGAAGAAAGAGAACGCGGCGGCCCUGGAGGAGCUGCUGAAGGAGUACCACAGCAAACAGCUGGUACAGACUGGCCACGGGCCUGUGCCCAGGCUGCCACUAGGCCCCCCCAGCUUGCCACACAUCUGCCCGCAUCGCCACCACCUCCACACCGUGCAGGGCUUGGCCUCACUCUCUGGCCCCUGCUGCUCCCGGUGCAGCCAGAAGAAGUGGCCUGAGGUGCUGCUGUCCCCUGAGGCCGCAGCUGCCGCUACCCCCACUCCCAGACUCCUGCCCAACCCUGCAAGGGCUCCAAAGGCAGGGGCCAAGGCAGGACGCCAGGGCGAGAUCACCAUCUUGUCUGUGGGCAGGUUCCGAGUGGCCCGAAUUCCAGAGCAACGGUCAAGUUCAGCAGCCCCUGAGGUGAAGACUAUCACAGAGGCUGGGCCCUCAGGGAGUGACCUCCCUGAUUCCCCACAACCAGGCCUCUCCACUGAGCAGCGGGCACUGCUGGGAAGUGGUGGAAGCCAUACGAAGUGGCUGAAGCCCCCAGCAGAGAACAAGGCUGAGGAAAACCGCUAUGUGGUCCGGCUAAGUGAGAGCACUCUGGUUAUCUGAUGGCCUGCCUCAGCUGAAGACACAGCAGCCCUGCCCUGGGAGGUUCUGGAGGCUUCCCGGAGGAGGUAGAGCUGCAACUGGGCCUGUGAAGAUCAAGAAGCAACGGUCCAGCAGACAGAACAGCAAAGGCCAAGGCCUGGAGGUGGGAGUGUCCGCCCCCGUGCAGAGGCAGGCCAGCAGGCGGGUGCUGUGUGCAGGAGCAGGUUGAGGGCCCCUCCCCUGCCCCUGUGCCUUGCCCCGGCCAGAACCUAGGACCUUGCAGGACCCUCUGUACCACCAGGUGGCUAGCCUUGGCUGUGGGGAGGGGCCCUCGGCCUGGCACCCUUGGCCCCAUACCUUGGUAAUCUACUGCCCCGCCUCCAUCCAGGGCCUUAGUGAGGACCUCUCCCUCCUCUUCCGGCGGGCCUCACAUAGGGAAGAGGCAACAAAAAGCUGUGGGCUGGAGACUUGAGCUCCCUGGUUCUAACUGUGGGCAAGUCCCUGGCCAUCACCUGGUUAUAGUUCUUCUGACCAUGAAGUGAGGAGAGAGAGGUGUCUUGGGACCCAGGGCUUCUCCGGUUCCUUGCAGGUUCUGACCUGGGUUGUGUGCGGGGAGAGCUUGACUCCUUGCCACCCCUUCCAUUAGUAGCUUUAUCUGUGGCCCCAUUUUUGCAGCUUCCAGGGCCUGUGCCUUCAGGCCCCCAAUGGGGCUGCCCAUCCCUGGCUCUGCCUACAGAAGGGGCUUAAUGCAUGUAUCUGCCCCCCUCCCCGCUGUUUUUAUUGAAAUUGGAACCACAGUCUUGACCUGGGCAAGGCUGUGAUACAGGGUGCCAGCCUGCAUAGUCACCCCAAGAUCUCAGGAGUGUUUCGGGGGGGGGGUGUGUGCGGGGCUGGAGAGGCCCCUCUGGCCUCAAGUCGUUUCUGUGUCUCUGUGGUGUUGGUGUCUAUCCCCCAGCUGGGCAGUACAGGCGACUGCCCAGCCUGGCUCCAUGUCCACUGUAGCCCAGUGACCUGGUUAUUUAUAUGGGGCCGUGCAGGCAUGGGCCCCACUGCCAUCCCCAUUUCUCUUAUUUAUUGAAAAUUUGCUGUUGUCCUGUCCUUGUCUACAUUCCCAUCCAUUUAUUGGAUAAUAAAAGGUGGGAAAGUGGUGUCAUGAGGAGCUUCUUUCCCUGUGCCUCUUCCCAGGUCGUCCGUCUGUUCACCAAAUACUGCUGUGUCAGGUAUGGCGUGGGGGACAGGCCACCCCCGACCCCUUGCAGGGCUGGCUCUGGUGGGUGGGCAUGGGACAGCAGGGGAAGUGGGGAGGCCCCUCACCUCACUGGUUCUCACUGAAGCCCCUAGAAGCAUUGCUGUCCAGUGGAAAUACAGUCUAUAUCAUGUAAUUUAAAAUUUCCCAAUAUCCACAUAUUUAAAAAGCAUCAAUAAUGUAUUUCAGCUAGUACAGCUAAAAUAUUUUCACUUCAAUAUAAAGUCAGCAUAAAAAUUAUGAAUGAGCCAUUUUUUGCUUUGAAAUCUGGUGUUUUAUAGUUAAAGCACAUCUUAAUAUGAACUAACCACAUGUGGCUAGUGGCUCCUGUCUUGGACAGCAUAGCUCUAGAGGAUAAGGAGCCUGGAGGAUGGAUGGGUAAGACAGACAUGGCGGGAGCUGGAUAAUGUGGGGAGGGGGAGCAUGGUCCCCAGAGAGGGAAUAAUAAUGUGCAGAGGCCCGAGGACACUAUGAUGAAAUGGAGAAGCUGGAAGUCAAAGGUGACAGGUGUGGAGACCAGAGUGAGGGUGGGCAACAGAAGGCAGCUCCACGUGCUCCUAGAAGCCCUUAGGCCAGGGAUACCAAGGCAUUUAGGAAAGGGAAAUGCAGGGAAUGUACCAGGACUGGACCGGGAGAGGGCUCGGGACAGACCCUUCGGCUGUUCCAGGGGCACUGUCAAGAGGUGGGAAGGAGACCAAGAGAGAAGUAUCCUGCAAGGGAGGAAAGGAGAGUGAGGGGCAAGGUGGGUCACAAGGCCAAGGGCCACCACUGGUCAGCCCCUGGUUAAUGGACAUGAGGACAUGGUGAGAGCAGGACCAGGUCUGAGUGGAUUGAGCUCCCUGCAGAAGCCAGACUGUGCCAGGUAAAGCAGGUGGAGACCUAGGCUCCAGGGAGAGGUUUUUAGUUAAUUCUGGGUUCUCUGGUAUAUUUUUUAAAGACAGAAGGAGCACAUUUAAAUGCUAAUGGGAGAGUCCCAAAGAGAGGCUGAAGAACCAGCUACUAAUGUUUGAGGGAGCUGGGGGAGGUAUGGAAAGAAACAGCCCGUGGGAGUCAUCCUGCUGCAGAUGGGGGAGAGUGGCUGUCAGGCUGGGGCUAAGGAGGGCCAGCUCACUCUCUUGUUCUUGCUGCUCCCGUUGUAGCCAGAAUUAGCCUGAGGUGCUGCUGUCCCCCGAGGCCACAGCUGCCACUGCCCCACUCCCAGACUCCUGCCCAACCCUGCCAGGGCUUCCCAAGGCUGGGGCCAUGGCAGGACGCCAGUGUGAGGUCACCAUCUUUGUGGGCAGAGGCCUUUCUCCUGUGUGGAAGCCACGGGCAGGGGCCUGCCCCAGCAGCAGCAUGGAGAACUCCUGCCUGGAGAAGCUAGGCAGAUGGGCCUUGAGAUUUGCUGUCUCCUUGCCUUUUGACUCUCCAGGGCACGGUCUUUUCUCUGUGAGGCUUCUGAGGUGUGCAGGAAAGGGAGGGCACCUCUUAGUGCCUAGGAGACAAAGAUUUACCUGCUCUAGGGGAGAAGAGGAAAGGAGGCAGGCUGCACAUCAGGAGGAAUUUUCUGGAUUACCAAAGGUUGCCAAAGUCUAGAACAGAUGUCUAUUGUAGGGGACUAUCACUUUAAAGGAAAUAUUCCCUUGGGCUACCAGGCUCCACUUGGUGUUCCUAUUUGUCAUCUCAGGGUUUGGUUUCUCAAACUUGGCUGUCUCCUCAGCCAACCAACCCCACUUCACCCAGCACUUGGAUGACACACCAAGAUGAUGAGACAGCAAGAGCCAGUGCCUGGGUGGAUGGGGUAGGAGCUGGGCCCUCCUACUCUCUCAACUCUCUGGCCUCCUUUCCCAGGGGAAAGGUUGGAUUGUGGACUCCAAAGGCCAUGUUGCUGUAGAAACUGAGGCUGGGUCUGGGCUUCCCAGGCCAGGUAAGAGAGACCCCCACCAUGGUGCUGGGCUCUGGGGUAAUAAGAACAGUUCCCCUCCAGCACCACCCCCUCAUUGUCUGUUUGCUGGAAGGUGAAACUAGAACUCUGGCCUAAAUUUCUUCACCUGUCCCAUGUGGCCAGCUCCCAAAAGGAUGGGAUGAGUUGCUGAGGGAUCAGGUAGAGGUAUAACCAAUGUCCUUGGCCUUCAGGGCCCGCACCAUCAGCUGGAUGUUUUCCUGGCUUGUCCCCUCCUAGGCGUGCCCCCUCUGAAUCUUGGCAGCCCUGGGAGCUGGAGGACAAGCUGGGGCACUGGGCUGAGGGGAAUUCUGGGUUUGACUUCUCCUAACUCCACCCAUCGCACCAAGGACCAGACAAAUGAGGAUGAGGGCCCAGAUCUCCAUCUCCCUGCCUGCUCCUGGCCCUCAGUCCUACCACUGUGACCUGGAGCUGAGUCCCUGGAGAAAAUCCCUUUCCCGCCCUAGCGAAACUGUUGAUACAACCCGACAAAGUCUGUGGCCAAAGAUGCCUUCGGCUCCCACAUGUGACAGAGCCUUCCACUGCACAAGGGAGAAGAAUGAGUUCCCUGUCAGGUGAGGAGGCACAGGGCACGGGGUGCCAGAGAGGGCUGGGGUGCUUAGGAGUCCUGAACUGUAAUUACAGCUCUGGUGUGGGCCAGGUCAGUCAGCCUUGAGGGGUUUCCAGUUGAGGAGGUUGAACAUUUAGAGGCUGGUAGAGCAUGGGUGGUCUGGGUCAGGCCCUGGGAGGGAAUGGUGGCCACAAUGACCAGGAAGAGAAGCAUGGGCCUGGGCUAGAGCAGUGCCUUUGCCCAGAGGGGAGAGGAGGAAGAGAUGCAGGAUAGAAACUGACAGCAUGUGACUAUUUGGAUGGAGACCACCUGACCUCCCCUGACAGUCGUUCUGUGACUGUAAACUUGUAAGCACUUCCCUUGGUUUCCCACCUGACAAAUUUACCUGUGUUUAAGUAAACACAGACACUGCCACCUCCAGGGUGGGCAAAAUGUAGGACUCAGUGCCUGGGCUGUGGAGCCAGACCAAGUGUGAGCUCCAACUCUGAACCUUGAGCACCAAGCUCUGUGACCUGGGCCAAAGUACUUACUCUCCUUGGCUGCCCCCUCUCGACAGGCUCACCUCCCACUGGGCUGUGAGGAUUAGGAGAGUUACUAAACAUAAAGCACAGUGCUGGCCCCAUGGGAGGCCCUCAGCAGAUGGCAGCCCUCAUCAUUCACGACCUACCCCCCCAGCUCCCGUAUCACCCACCUUAGUCCAGGUGCUGAUGGCUACUUCCCAGGCCCCUCAGCUGAAUCCCAGGGAAGGCCUGCUAAGCCUGUGGGGAGAUGCACCACAGGUGUUAUCUGACUGGUGAAAACAAGUUCAGAAUGAGCUUGGGAAGAAACCCAGGGGAUUCACUAGCCUAAGAGGUGAGCUGUGUCUCCAUGCCCCAAAAACCACCAGUCUGGUCAUCCUGGACUUUUUUUUUUUUUUUUGGAAACUUUUUUUUUUUUUAAUAGUUAUUGAAUGUUCUACAGCUUACAGUAAAUAUCAUAGUUACAAAUUCUUGGCUUCAAUCUUUCAGAGUGAUCACUAUCUGAUCUUCAAAACAAAACGAAACAAAAACCCAAAAGAAUCCAAAACAACAAAAC